GUCGACUAUUUUUAUGCGCAGUGCUCGAGCUCCACACCAACCAAAAUGGUUGUGUUAUCCGGAUACCAGGUUUCAUUGGUCAAGUUGAGAUCCGUCGUGGCAUUCGUGAUACUUCAAGAUGGCUCGGAAAGGAGGGAAAGGCAAAGGAGCCGCGAAGCGGAAGGCGCCGCUGGAUGUGUAUGAACAUGGCGACACCCACGACGACUUAAAGGAGCAGCGUGAGAAUGAUCGCAUGGACGUGGAUGGGGUGUACGAGUAUGAGGCCCCCGAGAAGAUCAGCCGCGAUCAGGACAGCGAAAUCGACGAAGACGAAGCGUUCAACUCGGACGACGACGCCACGUUUGGCACGUUUUUCAGCGGUGGAAACAAGAAGGCGAAUGCACAGGGAGGAGGCAAGUCGUCAGCAGACUCGGACGACAACACUGUGGACGACGACGUCGAGGACGAGGACGCAGGGGACUUGCUGUCCGACAUGUUGGGCACGGCCCCCGCAUCUCGUUUGGACACUGCCGACGAUUCCGGCGACGAUUCCAGCGAUGAUGAGGACGACGACGAUGACGAAAAGCAUGCGUCCCUUUUGAAAAUGGUGCACAGCGCCGCCAAAGGGCCCAAGCGCAAGUUCACACACGCCGAAACGUCGGAGGACGUGGCGCCGUCCGCGUUUAGUAAAAAGUUGGGCGGGUCGGCGUUGACAUUGGAAGGACUUCUUGGCGCGUCCAUCACAGGCUUGCCUGGUGACGACGACGGUGACGACGACGACACGGUGCAAAGCUCGACCGCCGUGAAGUCGCUCAAGCAGCAGCUGGCACACCUCGAAAAGGACGACAGCAAGCUCCAGGCGCCCGCCGCACCCGUCGUGGAGGCCCGCGCGUCGCGCAAAGUGGCGUACACGGACAAGAAGAAGCAGAUGGAUGUGUUUCAGCCGGUAGUCAAGGCGAACCGCGAGAAGGAAACUCUGGACUUUCGCGCACAGGGCACACAGCGCGUGGAAAACCUCACGGUGGCGUCGCUCACGUCCAAGUUUGUGCCGGAGAAGCCGCUGGAGAAUGACGUGGCCGCGCUGCUUGAGGCGAGUGGGUGGAGCGACAAGACCAUGUUGAAGGAGGAAGCCGCGGAAUUGGCGGCCAACGAGGUGUCGGUAGACGAAGUGCGCGCGCGCCAGGGCGAGCUCGCCAAGAUGCGCGCCAUGAUGUUUUACCAGGAGCAAAAGAACAAGCGCAUCAAGAAGAUCAAGAGCAAACUGUACCACAAGAUCCGCAAUAAGCAGGAGGACCGCAAGGAACGCAUGGCGCUGCGGGAGCUCGACCCCGAGUUUGCCGCGCAGAUGGACGCGGACGAAGCCGAGAAGCGCGCGGAAGAACGCAUGACACUCAAGCACACAAACACGUCCAAGUGGGUCAAGCACCAGUUGGGCCGCGGCAUCGGGGCGGACCAGGGCACGCGAUCGGCGAUCGCCGAUCAGCUGCGCCGCGGCGACGACCUGCGCAAGAAGAUGCAGUCGGUCAACCCCGACAGCGAAGACGAUAGUGACAAUAGCGACGAUGAUGCCGAACAUCUUGACGGCAUGACCGAGACUGAGAAGCUGCAGCACCGGUUGCAGAAGAAGGCGGCGGCGCUUGUCAUGGACAUCGAAGCAGACGGGCACUCCACCGAUAAGGUCAAGGGAUUGCAAGGCAUGAAGUUCAUGCAGAAGGCGGUGGAGAAGCAGCGCGAACGCGCUCUCGACGAGGCUGAGGCUCUGCUCAAGGAACUCCGCGGCGACGACUACGAUGCCGGGGACAAGACGGACGACGACGACGUGGCGACCAAGUCCCCGCCGAAAAAAAAGGCCAAAGUGACCGCGGCGGACCGGAAGAUCGUCGACAAGGACAUGGUCCAGGGAUCGCUACAGACCAAGGCCGUGAUGAUGGACAAGUCACACAAGACGCGUGUGGCGUCGGCCAUCAAAAUCGACUUUGACGGGGACGGACAGUCCGCCGCGGCCGUACACACCGAAGCGGAAGCCGACGAGGCAGUGGCGGCGGUGGGGACGCCCGCCGUGCCCGAAGAAAACCCGUGGCUCAGCGGGUCAAAGGUGGGCAAGAAGCGCCGCAAACGUCAUGGCAAACACAAGAGCGAGGGAUCGGCAUCCGUGGCGACCGCCGUGGCGACGCUGGCGGCCGUCUCGACGGCGGACAAGGACCAUCCCGUCACGCCGCUGAUGCCGUUGAAUGCAAUCAACAAGAAACGAAAGGACGUGUCGAGUGACGCAGCCGGUCUGGAAGCGGACGACGCGCCCCAGAAGAAGGCCAAAUCAUCAUCAACAAGCAAACAACCCCCCACCGCGCAAGAGGAGCUCGUGCGCAAAGCGUUUGCGUUUGCAGAAGACACAGAGAACGAGAUUGCCAAGGAGAAGGAGCUGCUCGCCGCGCGGGAUGCCGACGUCAAGGUCGGCGCCGAAGUCGCGCGGCUGACGGGCAUGGAAGGGUGGGGCAGCUGGGCCGGCGAAGGCAUCAAGCCGUCCAAGCGGCAGAACGCACGGCUGGCAUUGGCCCACCGUACGGUACAGGAAGCCAAGGCGGCUGCGCUGGCCAAACGCAAGGACCACAAGAUGGACGCGGUGCUGAUCAACGAAAAGAAGGACAAGAAGGCGGCCAAGUUCAUGGUCAACACGGUGCCGUACCCGUUCACGUCGCGCGAACAGUAUGAAUUGGCGAUGCGGAAUCCGCUGGGCAGCGACUGGAACACGGCGCGCGCGUCCAACGCGAUGACCGUCCCGGAAGUGAUGACCCGCGCCGGCAAGAUCAUCCAACCGCUGCGGCUCACGAACGAACAACGGGCCCCGAAACCACCCCCGAAAGUGACGUCCAAGACAGCGAGGCAAGGCAAGCAGCGCAAGGCCAAAUUUUAAUUAGAACCCCCCCCCACUCUCUCUAUCACCAACACGACCAGCUUGUUGAUAUCCAGUCCCUAGUUAGUAGGUCCGAAUGUACUCGAGAGCGGCCUCGAGCAUGGUCAAGUAGAACCCAACUUCCCCUACCCAAUGAUGAUGAAUGAUUAUUCCCCUCUAAUAAUUCG